AUGAGAGAGGGGGAGAGACAUGUGGCAAAGAUUUCAUCUGCUGCCUGCGGUUACGGCUUCACCCUCAUGGCAUCUUCAACCAAAGAUGUGACCAAACUUUGGGGCAUGGGUCUGAACAAGGACUCCCAGCUUGGCUUCCAGCGCACCCAACACAGCCGCAGUAAGAUCAGAGCAGGACUGCUGCUGCCUUCUUCUCCCCUUAGAUACAUCGUUAUAACAGAAACACCUGAUUCUGUUUUCUCAUGUUUUUUCUUUCCAGGUUUGGGUCAUCACAACAUCAGCUCCUGUCCGGUGGAAGUGGGCGGCGAUCUCGCCGGCGUGGAGGUGCAGCAGAUCAGCUCAUACGGGGACUGCAGCCUGGCGGUGUCUAGAGACGGCCAACUGUUUGGCUGGGGGAACUCAGAGUAUCGACAGCUGGCCUCGGUCAGCGAGUCCACGCAGAUAAAUUCUCCGCGUCGUCUCCCUCUGAAAGGCUGUGGAAAGGUGGUUCAGGCAGCGUGUGGAGGGACCCAGGUGGCUGUUCUCAACGAGAAGGGACAGGUGUUUGUUUGGGGCUACGGCAUUCUGGGAAAAGGUCCAAAGCUAUCAGAGUCUUCGUCCCCAGAGAUGAUUCCCUCCAGUCUGUUCGGACGCUCCGAGUUCAGCCCGUCUGUGGCGGUGGUCCAGAUCCGGUGCGGCCUCAGCCAUUUUGCAGCAGUGACAGAUGGAGGGGAGCUGUUCGUCUGGGGGAAGAACGUCAGAGGCUGCCUGGGCAUCGGAAAGAGAGACGACCAAUUCUUCCCCUGGAGAGUGACCGUUCCAGGUCAGGUGGUGGAUGUAGCGUGCGGUGUGGACCACAUGGUGGCGCUGGUGAAGUCUCUCCUGUGAGACGUUUGGGACUGGAGCUGAUUUCUCUUCCUUCUGAAGACGGACCUCAAACCAAACCUGAAGGAAGCUGGACUCUGUUUCUGCCUCCCAUCACGCUAAACACACACGUUUACAUCCGCUGUUUAAAGGGAAUAUUUAUCACACAUGAGAAGAUGAUGCAGGUAAGGAAAGAUCCGGCAGAGUCUAACGAUUCCUGGUUGGUUCUGAAGCGUCGGAUUCUGGUUCUCUGCUGCUUCAGGAGGCGGUUCUUCUGCAGCAGAUUCGCACCAAGAGCAAUGAAAGCUUAUCGCUGCAUGAAAAUGUGUCGGUUUAUACGAUCUGCCAAUAACCCUACUGGAAAAUAUUUGUUUGAUAUUAUGUAAAUAAACUUUAUUUAAUAC